AUGGCGAGCAAGUCCGGCAGCGGUGUGGCGGACGAUGGCAGCUACGAGUACGAGGAGGAGUCGGUGCAGACCGCCCGCGGGAUGAAGCUCUUCACCUGCAGAUGGCUCCCCCCCAAGGGCCAGAUAGUCAAGGCCCUCGUCUUCCUCUGCCAUGGGUACGCGGUGGAGUGCAGCGUGACGAUGCGGGGGACGGGGGUGCGGCUGGCGCAGGCCGGGUACGCCGUGUACGGGGUGGACUACGAGGGCCACGGCAAGUCGGAGGGGCUCCAGGGCUACAUUCCCUCCUUUGACCUCCUCGUCAGCGACACGGACGCCUUCUUCACCGCCGUCGUCGCCUCCACGGCCAACACGGACCUCCCCCGCUUCAUCCUCGGCGAGUCCAUGGGCGGCGCCGUGGCGCUGCUCCUCCACCGGAUGCGCCCGGCGUACUGGACCGGCGCCGUCCUGGUCGCCCCCAUGUGCAAGGUACGCGUGCAUGCUAUCGCUGACGAGAUGCGGCCGCAUCCGGUGGUGGUGAGCGUCCUCAAGCUGAUGACCAACAUCAUCCCCACGUGGAAGAUCGUGCCGACCACGGACGUCAUCGACGCCGCCUACAGGAUGCAGGAGAAGCGCGACGAGAUCAGGAACAACCCCCACUGCUACCAGGGCAAGCCGCGCCUCAAGACCGCCUACGAGCUCCUCAAAGUCAGCCUCAACCUCGAGAACAACAUACUCUCAAAGGUGUCGUUGCCGUUCCUUAUCGUUCACGGAGGCGACGACAAGGUGACGGACCCGUCGGUGAGCGAUCUCCUCUACCGGUCGGCGGUGAGCCAGGACAAGAAGCUCAACCUUUACCCGGGCAUGUGGCACGCCCUCACCUCCGGCGAGAGCCCUGAAAACAUCCACACCGUCUUCCAAGAUAUCAUCGCAUGGCUCGACCAAAGAUCAUCCCCGAAAUCAUCAUCGUCGGCGGCCGCCUUGGACUUGUCAUCGGAGAUGGAACAGAAGGCCAAGCACGACGAGCAGAAUUUCGACAAGCAAUAG